GCCGGCGCGCAAUGGCCGCAAUCAUAAUUCGUAACAUCGCGCCAAUUGUGCACGUGAAAAGACUUGCGUGAUUCUCUCUGGAACGGCGCGCGUACUCGUGAUGUGGAAACAUCUUGUGAGCCAAAAAUGAUGUUCCUUGUGAUGAUAUUUAGGACUCGCUGUUCAGCCUUCAUGGAUUAGGCGGAGAGCAAGAUCAUAUGCCGCGACUCCGCCGAUGUGUGUUUAGAAAAUUUUUCAAUUGCAAAUGAUGACAAUGACGGCGAAUGCCGCCCGCACCUUUCCGAAACAUUCCCCGUAUGGAAAAUCCGAGCUCAAAACCUAUGGGAAAGGUCGUCCAGCAAGUUAUAAGUAUUCCCGCGGUCGUCAGAUGAUUGAAGCUGUCGAGAAGAAAACUCGUAGCUCUGGGCCUGUUGAUCGCAAGCAAUGGUCCAGUUAUAGUCCACGAAAUUUUCCAUCCACCCCUGAAGACCGACGUCAUCCACGGAGUCCUGAGCAGAGUAGACAUUAUAAUCUGCAGAAAAAGCGAUAUGCGUCGGAAGGAAUCAAUCGCCAGGGAGGAACUCGAUUCCCGUCCAAUUCGAAAUCAUAUCACCGGAAAGAUGAUCGCAUGCAGUACUCGUCAAAGCCGCUUUCACUCACGCGUCCACUUCAAAAAACCUUGCGGAUCCGCCGCUCUCGAUCCAAGUCGCGCUCCCCGCGUAGAAAUGCGAGCCCAACUCCAAGGAGUCUCUUUGCGUCUCAUUUGACUCCGGAAAAAGCCAGAUUGGAGGAAGAAAACAAGGAAAAUAAGGGAUGGCUCUCGUAUAGAGAUAGCUCAUCGAAGUGGUUGGAUUCUCCUCCCGGCUUCCCGAAUGAUCAGACGCAGUGCUAUCGAAAUGCUGCGCUGCAAGCCCUUUUUGGAUUGGAACCCUUUGUUCAAGAUCUAUGUCGGGCGCGGAAGAAUCUUCCUAGUGGCGAGGAUGCGUGCGCCGAUGAACGUGUUCUCGCAGAACUAGUGAAUGUGUUCCUUGCGCGGGAAGCGAAAGAUAAGGAGAAGCUUGAUGUCGCCCUUCGUCGUUUGAAUUCGUGUGUCUCGAGAAAGUCGUGCGGAAAUUUUUGCGUGGAUCGCAUGAACGACGCAAACGAAUACCUUCAUUUACUACUGAGCUGCUUAUCCGACUUGGCCGAUAAGAACAAGCGUCUGGGGGAUCCAGAGAAGGAAGCCAAGGCUACUCCCCCGCCUCCUCCGAAUUCUCCGGAACCCGUUUCUCCCCUUGAGAUCAACCCAAUCAUGUCAAACUUCGGCUUCAAAGUUACGAAAACCCUGAAGUGCGAGUCGUGCGGGAAAGAAACAAAGAAGGAGCAGGAGGAAGAGAAAGAGCUUUUCUUGAACAUGGGAGACUCUCAUGGGAAGCGGGGAAACUUACGAGAUUUUUUGAAUACCUGCUUCCAUGACGAGGUGGUCGACCGAAAGUGUGACAACGAUGGUUGCGACGGAAGGAGAACGACUGUGCGCACUAGACUCAGCCAGCUACCGCGAAUUCUGUUUCUGAAUUUGAAACGCUAUGAAUACCGCGACAACGAAGCGCAUAAAACCAUUGCGAAAGUUGUCAUUCCGAAGUUUUUAUCGGUCGAGAGCAUCAUUCCAGAAAGUGGGGUCGAGACGCCCAUGUGGGAACGAGUACCAGUCAGCCCAAUGAAACCGCGAGACGUGAUCAGUUCAAGCGCACAUACGCCUGAUUCUCAGCAAACUGCGCCAGGACCUUCGACUCCAACGGCAAAUUCCGUGGUUGACCUAGCCUGUCAUGAUUCUGGUUAUUCUUCUAUUGAAGAGGAUGCCGAUUUACAACGCGCCGUGCAGGAAAGUUUGAGGUACAUGAAGACUCCGGUUCAUGAUGCUGACGAGUCUCCUGAUAUGGAGGUGGACAAAACUGAGGAUGAGUUGAAGUGUGAUGCUGAGGUCAACGUGGAAUCGGAUUAUGACGACGCAGUCAGCGGUGUCAAUUCAGGUCUUCGUUAUCGUCUCGUUGGUGUAAUUUCACAUGUGGGAGAGAGAACGGCUUCUGGUCACUACACAGCGGACGUGUAUAAAGCGUCGGAAGACGCGUGGUAUCACUGCGAUGACAUGUCAGUCAGCAAGAAGAAUGAGCACACUGUAUUGAAUGGUCGAAAUCUCAGCCAAGGAUACAUUUUUUUCUACAUGAAUCAGAAUGUUUUGGAAGUUGCGAGCGGGAAAAAUUGUCUCGAGCGAUUAUUGGAAGCUGCGGAGCCCAUGUCGCCGGGAUGCGUUGCAUCAGAGCACCAAGUUCUCCCUGGCGGUCGUGGUCGUCCUCUAAGGCCGAGCAAUGAAAUAUCGACCGCGAGGAACAGCGGGGCGUCCGUGCCGCCACCGGACGGCGGCGCCGCAUGGCUCGUCGUCGUAUUCGGCUUUUUCGCACACGCAGUGAUCGACGGGAUCAUCGUGAGCUACGGGAUACUGAUGGUUGAACUGAUGAAGGAGUUUGAUGGUUACGGACGCGCAGUCGUGGCUGGGAUCGGUUCCCUGAUGGUCGGGAUUUCUCUGUCGAUCGGUCCCGUUUCUGCUGCUGCGGUGAAUCGUUUCGGGCUUCGAAGCUGCGCUCUGUUCGGGUGUUUGACAGGGGCCUUGGGCAUAUUGCUGAGUUCGUAUGCUCAGCACGUUGCGCUCCUGUUUAUUUUCUACGGAAUCAUGUCUGGGGCCUUGGGCAUAUUGCUGAGUUCGUAUGCUCAGCACGUUGCGCUCCUGUUUAUUUUCUACGGAAUCAUGUCGGGUGCCAGUGUGGGCAUGGUCAUUAUGACAGCCGUCGUCGCACCGAGUUUCUACUUUGAAAAGCGUCGCGCUUUGGCCACGGGCCUGGCCACGUGUGGUUCCGGGAUCGGCAUGCUCGUCUUCCCACCGUUGCAACAAAUGCUCUUCCAAAGCAUUGGCUGGCGGUACGCACUCAUGAUCGACGCGGCACUUGUGGCCACUGUGUCGCCGUUGUGCGUCUCGAUGCGUCCAUUGAACCUUGUGAAGCCAUUGCCGAUCACCGAGUCCAUCAUGAGCGUUUUUCCCGCGGAUGGACGAGAUGGUGUUACGACUGACGUGAAAAGUGACUCGGCGCAUCAGAAAGCCGGCGAUCGAGCCAAAGAAAUGACCAGCUCGAAUAUUUUCGAGCAUUGUUUGACGGGAGAUGACGAAAUCUGCAAGGCAUUAGGAGCGAAAGAGUCGCUCAAAACUCUUUAUCGUCGCACAUCGACGCCUCACUUAUUGGAAAACAAGCUGAAUGUUAGCGGCGGAACAAGUACACUUGCUGCUGCUGAUUCUCAACGGGUCUCCGAAAUAUCAAAAGCAAUGGAUUCAGAAAGAAAAGAUUUUAUCGCCUUUCCGACGGAUUUUACCUCCUGCAAGUUGAGAUCACCCACCGGAGCCGAAAUUACUUGCCAGAAAGUUGAUGAAUUGGCUGCUUCAGUUUCUGUUCAUGAAACAGAAAGGUUUGAGGAGAGCAUAGCUUCGGAUAUAAAAGCUCCAAACCUGAAGAAAGGCGACGAUUCGGAACCAUCAAUCGCCAAUCCACGACUGGGAGAAUACAUCUUGGAAAGUGGCACCAAGCCCUUGACUCAAGGAACCAUCCUGAAAGAGCUGAUGUCGAGAUAUCGGGCUCAGACAGUUCCUGGUAUGACCAAUACGGGAUUAUCGACACCAGCUGCGAGCAAGGGAGAAACUUCUCAGUUGUCUCCCAAUGCUUUUGAAGUUGGGCGACGAAAUCGGUCCAUGAUUUCUAAUGUGACGAACUUCAGCACCAAGAUCUCCAAGCCCUUGUUCCGGAAAGAUAUUUUUUAUACUGGCAGCAUUCAACAUUUGGCCGAAUUCCAGGAAAAGGGUUCAAUGACUGCUUACCGGGAUUCGGUGAUAGAAGUUCCGGACGCAGCGUUGAAGGAGUUGAUCCAAGCUGAAGUGGUGCUGGACGUGGAACAAACGGGAAAACCGAUGCGAUUUGUUGCGAAAUCGAGGAGGCGGUAUUUUCCCGAGUACUUGCGGACAACGUUGACGAAUCUAUUGAGAUUCAGCUUGCUGAAAAAUUUGGCAUUUCGCUAUUUUUGCCUGUCUGGAUUCCUGGCCUGUCUUGGUUUCGUCGUUGCCCCUUGUUAUCUCGCGGAUUUGAUGAUGUCGAGAGGCUACACGCUGCAACAGGGUGCAUUGGGACUAUCUAUUAUCGGUGGCUUCAAUACCAUCGGAAGGAUCAUUUGCGGAUGUUUAGCUGACAGUCCGAGAACUAAACCACUGGGCUUGUACAUUGGAGCAUUCGCCGUUUGUGGGAUUUCAACUGCGGCUUUGCCUUUUGCGACGAACUCAAUGAUCACCAUGUUGCCGUUUUUCAUUCUCUAUGGUCUCGGGUUUGCGACUGCGGUCAUGCUGAGGUCGAUCUUGUUGGUCAAAUAUGUGGGGCUGGAGAAUUUGACGAGCGCCUUUGGUCUUUACUUGCUGUUCACUGGCGUCGCCACCGCAAUAGCACCUCCUUUGGCUGGUGUGAUCCACACUUACGCUGGCGACUUCACGUACGUGUUCAUGGUCGCUGGCAUUGCCAUGUUCAUUGGCGCGCUAACAUUGAUUCCUCUCAAAUUUAUUGACCGUUAUGCUCCUAACCAACCCACAAUGGCGGCGUCGAGCUUGUGAUGAAAUGGUGCUGUGUUGCAUUUAUUCAACUCAAUUGUUGAAUAAUGAACUACUCCUGAGUGAAAUAAAUUUGAUCCGGAUAAUAA